AUGAUGCAUCAGACCGAGACGGGCCACUUCCUGCCGUGGGCGAGCGCCCUGAAAUGCUGGCGCUGCUCGUCGGACGCUUCGACGGCCGCCUUCUGCGAUGACCCAUUCACCCAGGACAUCAUUACGGAGCAGCAGAGACGCUGGAGCUACGUCGACUGCAGCUAUCCGCCACAGGUCAACUACCAGUUCUCCCAGCAGAAUCAACAAACCCGACCGGUCUGCAAGAAAAUGAAGCAAAUCAUUAACGAUCGUGUCGUGGUGUCGCGUUCCUGCGCCUAUGAGGAUGUCAACACAGCGCCCAACUCCUGUCUGAACGCUCAAACACCGUCCUACAUCAAGACCGAGUACUGCGAGACCUGUCUCACCGAUGGAUGCAACGGUGCGUCGCAGUACGGCCCGGCAGUGCUGACGAUUCUGAUCAGCGCACUCGUGGCGAAACUGCUCGCCUGGUAA